GCAUCCUUUACAUCGCUCUUGGUCUUUGCUGACAUUCCGAAAAGGACCUUGUUUAUGAUCUUUAUCUUGUACUACAGAGAAGAAGUUUUUUCGCCCAUGACGCGCAGCAACUACAGGAAUGAGUCGGGUUGUAGUGGAGGAUGUUACGCGUACCGUCCUAGAGGCGUUUGACGAUUGGAUGAGUGCGAAGCGGUCUAUUUCUAGUGCGGGUUGUUCAACAGGGAAUGGCGCACGCCCUGGACAGCUUGACUCUCAAGUAGCAGUUGGGAAUCACAAUGUCGAUGCCAAGGGUUUGCAGAAGUUGGUUAACUUAUGGCUUCGAGUGAUAUCGAUGACGUUGUUCUAGCACGAAGUUUUUACACAACAAACAGCAGGAGGGAACGAAGUUGUUGCACAGCAGUCGCAUGAAGGUUUCAAAAAAGUCUACAUCUGUCUCCCUCUAUUUUCUUGAGCUAAUAAAGCGCACAGAACCUACCGCUAAUGUCAGAAGGAGUCGGUGAUGACCGGUCCUUGCAGCAAGGAGCGGCGCCUCAAGAGUACCGCAGCGUGGAGAAAAAGAUGAUAUGGCUUUCCUUCGUGUUUGUCGUUGUAGAUUUUUCCUCUCCUUUGUGAUUAGAUUUUUUAGAAAAUUGAAUUUGAAAUUUAGAUUUUUUAUAGCAUCAUAGUACUACAUCUACAGAUCGUGGAGCAAGAGUCAAAAAGCUCUUUCUAACAACAGAGACGGAGGCUGCGCAAAAGGGAGAUGUUCUGCAGACACGACUGCCCAGGCAUGCAGUUGCGCCAGGAUCAGUGGUACCCCUUAGUGGCGGUCUAGUCAAGGGUGAUCAAGGCGGUACCAACUGCUCGACUCCUGUUCUUCUAGGCAAUGGCGAAGACGGUAAGCCGAGUGCUGUGCUGGAAGACCGAUGGCAUCUUGUGAACGGUAUGGAAAUGGAUAGUGAUCAUAGAUCAUUCAGGUGUUUUUAGAAAGAUUUAGAUUUUUUAGAAGUUGUCGUGACACUUUGUCACAUUUUUUCGCUCUUCUGUGUCCUUCUCGUUUUUGAAAGUCGGAAGAGGUCGUGUGCAAAUUUAGAAAAUUUAGAUUUUUGGUUUCAAGAAGAAGAAGAUACAGACACAGACACUGAGGAGUCAAGCUGAGAAGAUACAGCCUCUUUCAUAUCUGCCGCAUUCGGGAGAUUUCGACGCAUGUUGAAAGCCGGGAUCGAGCGAUUGGAGAGAUUGUUGGAAGAAGAUGCUUUGUUAAGGCAAACGGGAAAAGCAAUACAUAGGAAAGGAAAACAAUUUGAUGUAGAUUUAGAGUUGUUCUUCUUGUUUGAUAGAUCUGUAGUGCUCAAGGGGAAAAUUUAGAGGGAAAACUCUACAGAGUUUCGUAAAGGAGGAAAGAAAUAUAGAGUUCUUUCGUAAGCAGGAAAGAUAAUCUCGUUAAUGUCUAACUUUGCAGUUAGCUGAGCGCGAGCACACUUCUCGUGUUACGCGACGGCGCAGACUAUUUCUGUAGAAGGGAAGACCAUUGCACUGUACCACGUUUUCAAGCCGCAGACUAUUUUUGUAGGCUUCUGUAAAACAUGACGAAGUGAAGAUGCCACUGUAGCUGUACUACGUGUUAGAUCCUGCAGGAAGCAUGGAUUAUGCCGCACAGAGCUUGUGGUCACUUGCAGCCAAGAUAAACGCGGCUUCCGGUCACUUGCAUCAGAGGACAAGAUGAUUACUGAAAUACAUGAGCGUACUCCUUGUCGUUUUCCCUCACCACAUGUCAUGGUUGAUUCUCCUUAUCGUCUACGCCUGGAAUCGCGAAGAUCUAAAAAAUCUAAAUUAUCUAAAUGAACCUGAAC